AUGGACUUCAACGGUACAUGGCAGGUCUACGCCCAGGAGAACUACGAGGCCUUCCUCAAGGCCAUGGAACUCCCCGAGGAUGUCAUCAAGAUGGCCAAGGACAUUAAACCAGUGACUGAGAUCACGCAGAAGGGCAAUGACUUCGUGGUGACAUCCAAGACUCCGGGCAAGACCGUGACCAACUCCUUCACUAUCGGCAAGGAGGCUGACAUUACCACCAUGGAUGGCAAAAAGCUCAAGUGCGUUGUCAACAUGGAGGGGGGCAAGCUGGUGUGCAACACCGGCAAGUUCAUCCACAUCCAAGAGAUCAAAGGAGGCGAAAUGAUCGAGACCCUGAGUAUGGGCUCCGUAACCCUCGUAAGGAAGAGCAAGAAAAUGUAA